GAAUGUUGUUGUUGUUGUGGUUCUGGAGAGUUCCCUGGCGGCCACACGAGGCUCACCUUGCUGCUGCUGCUGUUGCUGCUGCUGCUCCUCACACUACUGCCAUCCUCACUACACUCACCACCACGCUACACACUCCUCCUCCCGCGCCACCUUGUGCUCUAGCUCCCGGCCCCGCCUAGCAGUGUUACCAUCACCAUGGAAGACAUAGCAGCCAAGGUAGCACAGUUAAAGGAUCGUGGAAAUGCCUGCAUGGAAGCAGGCAAUCUGAGUGAAGCAGUUUUGCAUUACACAAGUGCAAUCAAAAUUGACCCAGAGAAUCAUGUCCUCUAUAGCAACAGAUCUGCUGCUUAUGCCAAAAUGAAGAAGUACCAUGAAGCACUUGAAGAUGCAGAGAAAGUUUUGCUAUAUAAACCUGACUGGUCGAAGGGAUACUCACGGAAAGCAGCUGCACUGGUAUACUUGAAGAAAUUACCUGAAGCUUUAAGUGUUUAUCAAAAAGGGCUUCAGUUAGACCCAAAUAAUCAGCAGCUAAAAGAUGGUUUAGAGGAUUGCAGAGAAAGGUUACUACAACAAGGAGGUGGCAGGAUGUUGAAUCCGUUCCAUGACCCUAACUGUAUGAAGCGCAUUAAGGAGGACCCUCGCACUAAAGAAUUCAUGAAGGACCCAGAAUUUGCUAAAAGAAUGGAAGAACUCGUGAUGAAUCCCCAGACACUUAGUACCAUGUUAAAUGACAAAAGAGUGUUGACGACUUUAAGUGUGUUAAUGGGAAUGGAUGUCAGUGACGAUGAUGAUGAAGAACCUGAACCAUCUCCACUUCGCAAGAAGACUCCAACACCUCCACCUAAACAAGAAAAAAUGGAAGUAGAUAAGAGUCCGGAACAGCUAAAAGCUUUGAAGGAGAAAGAAACUGGAAAUGCAGCUUAUAAAAAGAAAGAUUUCAAAACUGCAUUAGAGCAUUAUGAUAAAGCUAUAGAACUAGAUCCUACUGAAAUGACUUACCUUAACAAUAAAGCUGCUGUGUAUUUUGAGAUGCAAGAUUACCAGCAGUGUAUUGCUACUUGUGAGAAGGCUGUUGAAAUUGGCAGAGAGAAUAGAGCAGACUUCAAGCUUAUAGCAAAGGCUUUUACUAGGGCUGGUAAUGCCACCAAGGCACUUAAGGACUAUGGCAAGGCAAGGACCUAUUAUGAAAAGUCUUUAUCAGAGCACCGCACACCUGAAACUAAAGAGCUUUUGAGUAAGUUAGAAAAGGUAAUAAAAGAGCAAGAGCGGUUGGCUUACAUUGAUCCUGCAAAGGCAGAAGAGGAAAAGACAAAAGGGAACGAGUGCUUCAGGAAGGGUGACUACCCUUCAGCAAUUAAACAUUAUUCUGAGGCCAUUCGGCGUAAUCCAGAAGAUGCUAAACUAUACAGCAACAGAGCUGCUUGUUACACCAAACUGGCAGAGUUUAACCUGGGACUUAAGGACUGCGAUGAGUGCAUCAGACUGCAGCCAGACUUUGUUAAAGGUUAUGUUCGCAAGGGAAAAAUCCAUCAAGGUUUAAAACAGUAUGCCAAGGCUCAAGAUGCUUAUCAAAAAGCUCUUGAUAUUGAUCCCAGCUGUCAGGAUGCUCUGGACGGCUUCCGUGAAGGUAUGAUGGCUCUCAACAGUGACCCAGAAGAAGUGCGAAAAAGAGCCAUGUCUGACCCAGAAGUGCAGCAAAUUCUCAAGGAUCCAGCUAUGCGCAUGAUUUUGGAACAGAUGCAGACAGAUCCCCGAGCUCUUCAGGACCAUCUGAAGAAUCCUGAUAUUGCUUCGAAAAUCCAAAAGCUCUUGCAAUCUGGCCUCAUUUCCAUCAGGUAGAGAUGUUACUUACAAACAAUGGUAGAAGUGUUACAUGGAAGCAGCACCACUGGCAACCAACUACUUGCUCCAGCUAGAACAUUGCGAGCUUGUUGUACUAUACCUCAGUGAUUUGUGUUACCUUGUUACUGUUAUUACAAUAAGUCAUUUUCCUGACUGCUGUGUAUCUUAAUUUCAUGCUUCUAAUAUUUUCAUGAUCAGAAAUGUUCAGUGGCAGUGUAAGCUACUUUUAUUUUCUUUUCAAUAUGAAAAUGUUAAUUGAAAUGCUGAAUAUUGAGACAUUCAGACAUGUAAUAUGUUUGUAUAGUAAAAAUAUUUACAUGCCCUUGAGAUGCAUUUAAAGUACUUGUAAAAUUCUGUUUAACAAGGGACAACUUACAUAUUUUUUUAGUUAAGGAUUGCUAUUUUACCAAAUUUGAAUUUGAAAUUUAUGCUCAUCAAUAUAGAUCUCAUCUUGUACAGGGACCAUUUCUUUGUUUGGUACUUAGAAUGUCCUUUAGACCCUCCCAAUUACUUUGUAAAUAUUUUAACUUCUGAUGUCUUUCUGGAUCAGAAGCAUGUGUUGGAAAUCUGUAUGUGCAUUUUUAGUAAUUUGAAAGCAUUGAACUAAUUUAAUGAAUGACUAAAACCUGCAGUGAAAUCAUUUAAGUGGUAUAUUGAUGGUUCCUGUGCUGUCCCAUUUACUUGCCACAUUUCAUUAAUAACUAGUAAGUGGCAUACAAAGAACAGUAUCUUGAUUUUUCUAAUUCAUUUACUGGAAGAAACUAAAAAAGUU